AUGUCGUCCACCGCACACUCGCCCCAAAAGAUCAAGCUGUGCGAGCACGUGUUGCUCGUGCACUUUGGUCCCAUCGCCGCGCGCAUCGGUGCAUUGCUCCUCAAACGAGGCCGUCUCACCAUCCGCGAGAUCCAGCGCUUCCUCAACCAGGCACCCACUCGCACCAACCGCGGGCCUACCGACCCUUUUACCAAUGCCUCCACCACCCACACCAAGUCCACGCUCGUCUCGGCUCCCAUCGCCGGUGCCAGCACGAGCUACAACACCGGCGAUCCCAACGCGCCCGUUCCCGUACCAAAGCUGCUCAUCGAACAGACCAUCCUAACGCUCAUCCAGCACGGCUGCGCCUGGCACAGCUCCACCGACCCGGACAUCGCAGAUCCUUCGCAGGAGUUCUUCGAGAUCAACAUCAACGACGUUCUGCUCCGUCCGCGCUUCGGCAGAUACAUUGGCAUCGCGGAAGACGAGCUAGGCGACACUUCGGCGCGCAUCGUCAAGCUCGUCCUCCAGCACGGCAAGCUCCAGGCGAGCGACAUCAUCGACCGCGUCGCUUCCGAGAUGCACACACAGCAGAACGCCUCGGCAUCCGUGCCGCCAGAUGCAGCGGUCAACGGCGAGCCACCCAACGGAACCGCCAACGGCUCGCACAAGCGCAAGGCCGAUGACGAGCUGGCGGGUGUGCAGGCCGAGGUGGCGCGCGCGCUCACCGUCAUGCUCUUCCGCACCUACCUGCGUCCGAGCUCGGUGCACCAGUACGUGUCCCCGCGCGACAAGGAGAUCAAGUACGAAGCCAAACGCCGGCGCGAGCUGCGCGGCAUCCCCACGCCCAAGGACCUGCAGCGCAUCCGCGAAGAGGUGCGCGUCCAGAUCGCCGACGAGCGCGACGCCGACUGGGAUUUCGCCGCCACCAGCGUCAGCCUCGGUCCCGACGGCCUCGCCGCUGCCGACCACCGCGAGACACGGCGUGGCCUGGUGCGCAAGAAGCAGAGUGCCAUCGCGCUCGCCAGCGCCGCGUCCAAGUCGAAGCGCUCCAAAUCGUCGAGCAGCUCCAAGGACAAGAAGGCCAAGGACAAGGUCAAGGACAGGAACGGCCUCAACGGCGUGCAUCCGGCCGCGGGCACGGCGGAAGGCUUCGAUCCGGCCGACGACUACGAGAUUGAUCCGAGCGUGUGGCUGCGCGUGCACUACGACCGCUUCGACGUGCACGUGCGCGACGAGAUCAUGGUCGACGCCGUGCGCGAAAAGUACAACAACACCGCCGCCGAGGUGUUCCGCCAGCUCAUCCAUGCGGGCGACUCGUCGAUGCGCCGCUCGGUGCGCGACGUGCGCAGCGCACCCAUCUCGAUCACCACGCUCGCGCACAAGCUGCCCUCGGAGCUGUCGCUGCAGAAGGGCUUUGACCGGCGCUCGUUUGGCAAGGACAAGGCGGCGCUGCCUACCAGGCAGGAGUUCCUCGCCGAGUACUGCGCCAUCUUUUCGCACGCCGAAGACGUCUCGGGCAAGUCCAAGACGAGUCGGCUCAUGGCGCCGGCGUCGGACAGCACCACCAAGACCGCCGGUGGGUCCAAGGUGGCCUCGUCGCUCACGGUCGAGUUUGCCAAUGUGGCGGAGCGCAUGCGGCGCGAUCUGCUGCGCAACGUGGUGGAGGACAAAUUUGGCGGGGCGGCGAUUCGCAUCAUGAAUAUCCUGCGCGACAAGGGCAAGUUGGAGGAGAAGCACAUCUCGAAGCUCGCCUUGGUGUCGAUUUCCGAGACGCGCGAUCUGUGCAGUCGACUCUUCCAUGCGUCGCUGUUGGGGCUGCAGGAGGUGCCCAAGACCAAGGAUCGUGAUCCGGCCAAGACGUUCUUUCUGUGGUUUGUCGACGAGGCAAAGUGCCGUGCGUGGCUGCUGGACCAUCUGUACCAGAGUCUGGCGAGGAUCAGUCAGAGGAGGAACGACGAGAUGCGCAGACAGCUGCCGCUGCUACGCAAGGUCGAGAGGAGCGAUGUCAAGCAGGAUACCGUGGGAUUGCUGUCCGAGUGGGAACGCGAGAGCUGGUCCAGGCUGCAGACGGUGCUUCAGAUGCUCACGGUUGCCGAGAUGAGGACCGAGAUGGACGUUUUCGUCAUGCGCGAUCUCGCAGCAGGCACUUUUGUGUCCGAAGACUAA